AUAAACCAAGAAAAAUGAGUAUCAUUUACAUAAUUUACUAAUAAUGUGGUAGGCAUCCAGAGACCAAACUAAUCACAUUAUCUAGACUCAUAAAAUAAUUAGAAUGUUUAUACAAUACCCUUCUAAUCAACUUAAAUGAAAUAGGCCUAAGAUAGGUUCUAAAAAGAACAUGAAUCAGUAAUUUGAAGCCUCAUGUAACAAAUUCAUGAGUGGAUAUCAUCUACCUUAGUUGGUAAAUUAAAGUCUUGUGUGGGUGGUAUUUUAGACUUGAGAUCGAAUCUCGUCUACAUUACUUCGCUUAGUCGCUCAUUUACACCAAAAAAAUAUUUACAACAAAUUCAUGAUAUUCCAACAUUUUUUUUUUUGUAUCUAUGAAUUAGAGAUGUCCUAUUAGUAGCUUUUCCUUCAAAGUCAAUUGUCUUAGUGUCUAAAACGAGAUUAUAAAUAUUUUUACGUUUUAGUGAAUACUCCUACUUUCUAGUUUGUAAUAACCAUCUGUGUCUUCUCAUCGAUCCAAGUCUGCGUAAUUCCUGAUAUGGGAGAUCAUAUCGUGGAUGUGGAAACUUCAAUACAACUCGAGCUUGACUCUUUGGUUCAAUAUUCCUCUAAACAUUGGAUUCAAAAGGUUCCUGAAUACAUCUCCAAGGUAAAGAAACAAUGUUAUGAGCCUUCAAUUGUUUCCAUUGGUCCUUUGCAUUAUAACAAUCCAACUCUUAAACCUUUUGAUGAAACCAAAUUGAGGAGCCUCCAAUACUUCCUAGAAAAUGCAAAUUCCGAUCAUAGCUUAGCCCAAUAUAUAGACAUAAUUCGAGGAUCGGAAGAAAAAAUUCGCUCCUACUAUACAGAUAAAAUAACUCUCGAGAGUGAUGAGUUUAUCAAGAUGGUAAUGGUUGAUUCCACAUUCAUCAUCGUCUUUUUUAUGCAUUGUUCUCAUCAAUUCUCGCUCAAACCGAUACAUCCUAUGGAAAACAAGUUAGGAGUGGUUAAUCAAGUGAAGAAAGAUUUAUUGCUUGGAGAAAAUCAGUUACCAUAUUUCAUUCUCCAAGAUUUAUAUGACAAAGCAUUUGGAGAAACUUGUCCCAAGAUUACCUUCAAAAAUCUCACUUGUGAUUUCUUAAGUUUUAUUUACCUUCCAGCAAGUGAAGUUGUGGGUAAGAUAGGUAGGGAGAAGAUAAAGAAUGCAUCAAACAUCAAGCAUCUUGUUGAUUUCUAUAGGAUAUGUUGCUUACCUACAAAACAUCGAGACCAACUCCCCGAAAACUAUAGAAAUUCUGACAAAUUUCCUCCAACCGCGAAAGAACUAAAGGCAGCUGGAGUAAAAUUUACCGCAAGUGACGGUAAGAAUUUGCUAGAUAUCGUAUUUUCAGAUGGUGUGUUACAUAUUCCAUCAGUGAAAAUUCAAAACAGUACUGAAGCAAUUGUUCGGAACAUCAUGUUUUUCGAACAGUGCUUCCAUUCGAUGGAUUCUUACUUCGUCGAUUAUGUGCUGUUCCUCGAUACACUGAUCGACACUCCAGAAGACGUACACAUUCUAAUCGAAGCCAAAAUAAUCAAGAAUUGUCUUGGGAGUAUUGAUGAUAUGGCCGCAACUUUCUUUAACCAAGCCACCAAGCAUGUAGCACUGACUUCGCGAUUCUAUUAUGCCAAUGUUGGUAAUGAUUUGAAUGCACAUGUUUCCAAAAGGUGGAAUAGAUAUAAGGCUGCAUUGAGGAGGGACUACUUUAAUCAUCCAUGGUCUAUUAUGUCUUUGAUCUACUUAAUGAUGCUUCUUAUUCUCACAGUCUUACAAGUUUAUACCGGCUUUGUGCAUUAGUUGGGAAGGAAUUAAGACUGUUAUUAAGACUAUUAACCUUCUUAAAAGGUAGGGUUGUAAAAAAACCGAAGUAUUGUUGGCUAAUGAAUCCUAGCCAGAUCGGUAGCUACUUGUUGAUUAGGAAUUUGUCCUACAUCAGUUAUACCAUAUAUAAUUGCAAACCUCUCAAUUCUUAUUGUAAG